AUGGCAUCAUCAUACAAGACUACACCACCAAAGACGACCACUUACGAGCUGUCAAAUCCCGAACCCGGGGUUCUGCUCGUGCAGAUCUGUCGUCCCAAGGCUAUGAACUCGAUUCCUGUCGCAGGACAUUGGGAAGGCGAAGCUGUCUGGAAGUGGUUUGACCAGGAACCCAGUCUAUCUGUCGCAGUCAUCACUGGACAAGGCCCGAAAGCCUUCUGCGCAGGCGCCGAUUUGAUGGAACAACGUGAUAGAGGUGCUGCUAAGGAUGAAACUGUUAAACCACAGAUUGGACCUGUGGGAGGCUUCGCAGGGCUUAGUCGACGAUUGGGUAAGAAGCCGGUGAUCGCUGCAGUGAACGGCUUCGCACUGGGUGGUGGAUUUGAGAUUUGUCUUAAUUGCGAUAUUGUCAUCUCAUCGCCAAAUGCCAAGUUUGGUCUUCCGGAAGUUCAACGUGGGCUCUACGCUGGCGCUGGCGGAUUGUCCCGCAUUGUUCGCACCUGUGGAAUACAAAUCGCCACUGAGCUUGCUUUGACAGGAAGAGCCAUCAGUUCUGCAGAAGCUCAAAAGUAUGGCGUCGUCAACAAAGUCUCUCAGAGUCCGGAUUCGCUCCUUCCCGAAGCUCUUGCUAUGGCGAAAGAGAUUGCGUCUCAUUCACCAGACGCUAUCAUCGUCACACGUGCUGGUUUGAGGGAAUCCUGGGAGACGGGUAGUGUUGAGAGGGCCUCCCAACUCACUGCGGAGAAGUACCAAGAUGCCCUCAUGUCAGGAGAGAACUUGAUGAUUGGUCUGCAAGCGUUCGCCGAGAAGAAGAAGCCGAAAUGGGUCGCCUCAAAGCUAUAA